CCCACCACAGCUGAGUGUUAUACAGAGGCGCUCGAAGGAAAUUUGCUUUGCAAGAGCACGCAUUUCAUUUUCUGAAGAACUGCUUUUGCACGCACAUCGAGCUCAGAUUUCAGCGUGCACUCCGAGCGAAUUCCGUUGGAUGGUACACUGUACCGUGAAUAAUUUUCCCUUUGCAAUCCAAUAGAGCUUCCUAAUGGCCCUGAACAACUCUGAAGUGGGCUUAGAAGUCAUCUUGGCGAUGGAGCAACUGCUGGAGCUCUCGCCUUCCCAUGUUACCCCAAAACCCCUGGAGGCCACAGUGAUGACUCCAUGGGAUGUAGCCCUGUGUGUAUCAGGUGCCCUGAUCUGCUGUGAAAAUGCAGUCAUUGUGGUCACCAUCUUCUUGUCAUCAUCUCUACGGGCACCCAUGUUCCUGCUAAUUGGCAGCCUGGCCUGGGCGGACUUCCUAGCAGGAGUGGGGCUCUUAUUGCACUUCCUGUCUCACCGUUGUGUGUACUCAGAAGCUCUAGAGUUGGGGAGUGUGGGUCUGUUGGUGAGCGCACUCACUGCAUCUGUUUUCUCUCUGUUGGGUAUUACUCUGGACCGCUUCCUCUCUCUGCAUCAUGCACUGACUUAUGGUUCCCGCCGGGCACACACCCAAACACGUUGCGCUCUUGCUGUUGGCUGGACUCUUGCUGGACUUCAGGGCGCACUACCUGCUCUGGGUUGGAACUGCUUGCGCGAUGUUGAAUCUUGCAGUGUGCUUCGGCCUCUUACUCGGGUGCACCUGGCGACCCUGUGUGGUGGUUUUCUGCUGACCCUGGCUCUGAUGCUGCAGCUGAAUGCCCGUAUCUGCCGAGUUGUACUCCGUCACUCACACCAAAUCGCCCUCCAGAGACACAUGCUCCCAUCUGCACGCACACACACACGUCGUCGGGUACACACUCUUGCCCUCUUCCUUGCCACAUUUGCCAGCUGCUGGAUACCCUUUGCCUUGUAUGGGCUCUUAGGUGAUGGAUCAUCCCCAGCUCUGUAUACGUAUGCCACCUUGGUUCCAGUCACUGGGAACUCUCUGCUUAACCCUCUGAUCUAUGCCUACAGAAACACACACAUACAGAGAGUGCUGCGACAGGCCUGCUGCUGCUGUCUACCAAACACACCCAAUAAACACACACACACUCCCAGUGAUGUCUGAACAUAGUCUUCUUAAAGCUCAAUGAAGAGCAUGUCGUGCCAUACAAGAAACACACAGUCUCUCACAAUAUCACUGUGCCAGUUGCCAUAUAACCGGUUUGACUGGUGUUAGGAAGACCUAUAAUCAAUCUCUUCUGCAACAUUUUGUGUAACUGUAUCUCUUUUUUACACUAUAUUGAGAAAAUACUUUUUUCAUAUUACAAAUCCUUUGAGCUACUUGCCAACUAAAGGGAGUAAAGCAGAGCAGAAACCCCCCUUGUCCGCUGUAAUUGUCUGAAAUUUGUGCCUCAUACGUUUACGUCCUCUGAAAUUCAGAGUUUACUGAUGGAAUUAAAUCAUUUGCACUUUACAAUGACUUGACUUUGAGAUGAACAUGUCUGAAUUUUGUUUGUACUAGAAUCCUACUCGCAUAUUUAAAUAUACAAUUAUUUGCCAUUUGGUUUUCUGACAGAAUGAUGUUUUUAUACUUUACAUAUGUCCUGUUCGCACUAUUAAUGUAUUAAUGUUGCACAAAACAUCCAAAUGUAUGACUGAAUGUGUUCUUGUUGAAGUUUUAUGGAAAAUGUUUAUAAUUAAUAAAUUGUAAUUUUUGUACAUUUACUCUUGUUAUUGUUUUGUUUAUAUAUAUAUAUAUAUAUAAAAAUUCAGUUACCACAGCUGCUGUGGGAGUGACAGAAAAUGUGUCCUGUUUCUCUCUUCUUACUGCUGUUAUCCAGCGCUCUAUAUUUUUAUCUUCUUUUGCAAAGCUGUGAAAGCGUAAUCGUUUAUUUUUUCUUUUGCUGUUGGAGCAAACGGGUAAGCAAAAAUUUAAUUGGCUGUGGUGCCCCAUUGACCACCAUUUAAGUUUAGCCAACUUUGAUGACACGUGGACGGUGAAAAGGGUCCACAGUCCAUAUUCACAGCAGCGCCAUCUUUGAUUUUUGGCGAGAAUGACAACGAGGCUGUGAGGGAAUAGAUGCACAGUCUCUUCUAUGGGCUGCACUGCAGUUUAAAGUGUUUUUGGAUCGUUCCGCGGACAAAACAUUGAAAAAACAGCUUUCCAAGAACAUUCCGUAGACAAAACAUAAAUACAAAAACAAAAAAACUCCAUACAACAGGAGUUGUGGAAAAUCAGAUGUGAUCCAGGAGUUUUUGCAGCUUUAUACUGUGCGUGCCAUUGAAGAGAUGUAAGUCUAUUCCUUACAGCCAAAUCAAAGAUGGCCCUACCUUGAAUAAGGUCUAUAAGAGAAGAACACUUAAUCAUUUCCUUUAUGUUCAAAAAAUGUUAAGUACAAGUAAAUUAUAAAGCUGAUUGGUUAGUUCGAAACUGACAAAAAUACAAAUUGACAAAUCAUAUUACAGAUUGGCCCACUGGAUUCAAUUUCCUGUUAAAUGUUUUCUGGUGAAGAAUGAAAAAUAAUGCUAAAGACCACCUAUGUGGAUGGGUUGUUUACCCAAUCUGAAACAUUAUA